UGCAGAAAUCCCCUCAGCAGAGGGCUUAUAUCCCGCGCUGCCGCCCGCCGCCGCUCUCACACGGGUGCUCGCCUGCCGCCGCUGAGCCGCGGGCGUGGGUCGCUUGCGAAGGAGCCGAAGGGGAUCUUGCGCUGCGCGCCCUGUGCUAGCGGAGGCCGAGCCAUGUUGCACCCCAGCUGCAGCCCGGGGGGCCGGCGGGACUUGGCGAUGGAGAGCCGCGCCGAGCCGCUGAAGAAGGAGCGGCAGCUCGGCUUGCUGCAGGACGACCGGCACGACAGCGGGCUGGGCUCCAUGAAGGAGGAGGAGUACGAGCUGCUGGUGAAGGAGCUGACGGACAUCAGGCUCCAGCCCCAGGAGGAGCCGGGGGCGACGCACCAGCCGGCCCAGCCUUGGCAACAGCAAGUGACUGAAGACGGAGACACAUUUCUCCACUUGGCAAUUAUUCACGAAGAAAAGUCCUGGAGCGUGGAGGUUAUUCGCCAGGUAGCUGCCAAUCCUGCCUUCCUGAACUUUCAGAAUAACCUAAACCAGACUCCACUUCACCUGGCAGUAAUCACAGAUCAGGUUGAAAUUGCUGAGAUCCUUCUCAAGGCCGGAUGUGAUCCAGAGAUCAGAGACUUCCGAGGAAAUACACCACUUCAUAUUGCCUGUGAGCAGGGCUCUCUCAGAGCUGUCGGCAUCCUCACUCAGUACUGCCCGCAGCACCACCUAUAUUCAGUCCUACAGUCUGCCAACUAUAAUGGGCACACAUGUCUCCAUUUGGCAUCUAUUCAUGGGUAUCUGGCUAUAGUAGAAUAUUUGCUGUGCUUGGGAGCAGAUGUCAAUGCUCAGGAGCCUUGUAACGGCAGAACUGCCCUCCACUUAGCUGUAGACCUGCAGAAUUCAGAACUGGUGUCGCUUCUGGUAAAACAUGGGGCUGAUGUGAACAAAGUGACCUACCAGGGCUAUUCUCCAUACCAGCUCACGUGGGGAAGAGACAGCUUCAGCAUACAGGAACAGCUGAAGCACUUAACCACGGCUGACCUACAGAUGCUACCAGAAAGUGAGGAUGAGGAGAGCUGUGAAUCAGAAUCAGAAUUCACAGAGGAUGAAAUAAUGUAUGAUGACUGUGUAAUUGGAGGACAACAGUUGGCGUUUUGAAGAAGAGGUUUCUCAUAAAGGACAUGACUAUAUAUAUAUGUAUAGGAAGCUGACAUAUUUUCUUAAAAAAAUAAUAAAAUGUGAAAAAAAAGUUGAAAUACUACACUGCACACCAUGGACUACAUCAUUAUAACAGCAGGUUUCGCAUUCCGACCCAUACUUUUACUAACAGGAGUUGGAUGUGUAACAUCAGUAGAACUCUGUUUAUUUGUGCCAGUUAAUCCAUAACUGGUUGUCAAAAUGUAUGAACAGUAUGAGGACAACAGACUACUGGAUCCACCUGAAUAUUCAUUUUGGGUGAAAGAAUGCAUUUGAGAGAUGACUAGUGAGUUUUUCUGUGGAGUUGCUUCCCCCUACAUGGCUGGACAGGUUCACAUGAGUAUCCCAUCCGCUGGAAGAACUUGCAUAGAUUUCUGUUGGGCUGAUUAUAAUUGCUCCUAAUGACUGACCUCAGCUGUUCUUCGUACUGUAAUGCAGAGAGAGGAAUUGAAACAAAAGAAUGACCUCUCAGCUUUUAUGGGAAAGGUAGCAAUAAUGUUAACUGUGUGCAUUGGAAACAGUGUAUUUCCCUAUAUAUGUGGCAUAAUUGCUUCACUUUUAGCGGUUGUAUAUCAUGUAUAUAUUGUAUAUUUUGUUUAUAAUUAUUUUGGUACCUGAGAGAUGUAUAUUUAUUAAAAAAAUGUCAAGUUC